GCGCGCGCUUCGCGGGCAUCAAGGGUCCUCGCGGGGGACUCCGUCUGCUGGCGGGCAGGAGGCAGACUGGUGUGGAGAUGGUGCAGAGGAGGGGAGAAUCCUGGCCUGGAAGAGUCGAGGCGGCUGCGGGGCAGGGACUCGUGGCAAGCCCAGUGGGAAGCCCGGGUCGCAGGGCUCGUGUUCGGCGCCUUCUAUCUCUACCUCUUUCCCAGAAAAGCCAGAAAUGACCAAGUCCUUGGGAUCAGUGUCAUUCAAGGAUAUAACAGUAGACUUCAGCAAGGAGGAGUGGCAGCAAUUGAACCUUGCUCAGAAAAGCCUGUACAGGGACGUAAUGCUGGAAAAUUAUUUCAACUUGAUCUCAGUGGGGUGUCAAGUGCCCAAACAAGAAGUCAUCUUUAGCUUGGAGCAAGAAGAGCCACGUAUGCUGGAUGGUGAAAUCUCAAGCCACAGCUCUCUCGGUGGGGAUAUUGGUUUUGAGACUUCACAGCAGGGAAUGUCUAAAGAAGUUUCAGUCCAGUUUGAGAGAAUUAAUCUCUUCACAAGAGAUGACCCAUAUUCCAUCUUGGAAGAAUUGUGGCAAGAUGGCAGACAGACAGGGAGAUGUGAGGAAAACCAGAACACAAAUGUAACACAAGUUCCCUUUAUCAACAAGGCAACACUAUUUAAUGAGAGAGACUGUGAGUAUAAGGAUAUUGGGAAAAUUGGUCAUGUAAAUACAGCAAGAAAAAGACUCCAGAACUAUGAAUCGUUUGGAAGGAGUUUGAGGCCUAUUACAAGCUUAUGUGAUUAUAGAAACAAUGCAACAGAAAAUCUUGAUAAGAUUAUUGGCUAUGGCCAUAUUUUCACUCAUAUAAAUUCUCAUACAGAAAUGAAUGCUUGUGAAUAUAACCAGUGCAAGAAACUUCUGAGUCAUAAGCAAGCUCUCAUUCAACAUCAAAAAAUUCAUACUGAAGAGAAGCUCAGUUUAUUUUCUGAUUAUGUAAAAAUUUUCAUCCAGAAGCCACACCUCUUUGCAGAUCAAAGUAUUUAUACUGAAGAGAAACAGCAUGAAUGCAGCAAAUGUGAGACAGUCUUCACUCAGAAGCCCCAACUUGUUGUACCUCAGAAGGCUUCUAUAGGAGGGAAACCCUGCACACGCACUGAGUAUGAGAAGGACUUGUCCCUUAAGUCAAAUCAUGAGAAAACUCACACCAAGGAGAAUAAUUGUAAAUGCAGUGAAUAUGGAAAAGCCUUUAUCCAGAAGUCAGAUCCACUCAGAUGUCAGGGAAUUCAUAUAGGAGAAAAACCCUGUGAAUAUCGUGAAUGUGGGCAAAAUGUCUCUCAGAAUUCAAAUCUCAAUGCAUAUAAAAAAGUCCAUAGUGGAGAGAAACACUUUGAAUGUACUGAAUGUGGAAAAGCCUUCACAAGGAAAUCAACUCUAAGUAUGCAUCAGAAAAUUCAUACAGGAGAAAAACCCUUUGUUUGUACCGAAUGUGGGAAAGCCUUUAUCCGGAAGUCACAUUUUAUUACCCAUGAGAGAAUUCAUACUGGAGAGAAACCUUAUGAAUGUAGUGACUGUGGAAAGUCCUUUAUAAAGAAGUCACAACUCCAUGUGCAUCAGCGGAUUCACACAGGAGAGAAUCCCUUUAUAUGUACAGAAUGUGGGAAGGUCUUCACUCACAAGACAAAUCUCAUUAUACACCAGAAAAUUCAUACUGGAGAGAGACCUUACAUAUGUACUGAAUGUGCAAAGGCCUUUACUGACAGGUCAAAUCUAAUUAAACACCAAAAAAUUCAUACUGGAGAGAAACCCUAUAAAUGCAGUGAUUGUGGAAAGUCAUUCACCUGGAAGUCACGGCUCAGGAUACAUCAGAAAUGCCAUACCGGAGAGAGACAUUAUGAAUGCAGUGAGUGUGGGAAAGCCUUCAUCCAGAAGUCAACACUAAGUAUGCAUCAGAGAAUUCACAGAGGAGAAAAACCCUAUGUUUGCACUGAAUGUGGGAAGGCCUUCUUCCACAAAUCACAUUUUAUUACCCAUGAGAGAAUUCAUACUGGAGAGAAACCUUAUGAAUGCAGCGAUUGUGGGAAAUCCUUCACGAAGAAGUCACAGCUCCAUGUCCAUCAGCAAAUUCACACAGGAGAGAAACCCUACAGAUGUGCUGAGUGUGGAAAGGCCUUCACUGACAGAUCAAACCUCUUUACACACCAGAAAAUUCAUACUGGGGAGAAACCCUAUAAAUGUAGUGACUGUGGAAAAGCCUUCACUCGGAAGUCAGGCCUCCACAUACAUCAGCAGUCUCAUACUGGAGAGAGACACUAUGAAUGUAAUGAAUGUGGGAAAGCCUUUGCAAGAAAAUCAACACUGAUUAUGCACCAGAGAAUUCAUACAGGAGAGAAACCCUAUAUUUGUACAGAAUGUGGGAAGUCCUUCAUCCAGAAAUCACAUUUAAAUCGGCAUAGGAGAAUUCAUACUGGAGAGAAACCCUAUGAAUGCAGUGACUGUGGGAAGGCCUUCAUUAAGAAAUCACAGCUCCAUGAACAUCAUCGAAUUCACACAGGGGAGAAGCCAUUUAUAUGUGCUGAGUGUGGAAAAGCCUUCACCAUCAGAUCAAAUCUUAUUAAGCACCAGAAAAUUCAUGCUAAACAGAAACCUUACAAGGGCAGUGACUUUAGGAAGGCCUUAAACUGGAGGCCACAGCUUAGUGCACAUCAGAAAUCAGAUUCUGGGGAAGUAGAUUGCCCAGGGCCACAAUCAUGAUGUGGGGAUACAAAGCAGUGAGAGGCUACAAGCUUGACUAAGAAGCAGGAGGUAAAGCCGCCUUAUCUCUGGUCAGAAGUAUGAAUGUCUGGAUCACAGAGCUGAUGUCCUGUUUCACGUAUGGGGGAGACAUUUUGAAGAAAGUGUUUAAACAAUGUGUGAUGGUCAUGCUUAAUUCCUGGACAGAUACUGGGAUUGUCAAGCCCCUGAAAUAAUAUUAAGUAUGCAAGGAGAGGAUUUGGCAGUCUUUCUUGUUUCAUGUUAUGGAUAAGCAGCUUUAUAAAUUCAGGGCUGUGUUCAAUAUUAACCAAAGGAAUUUCUUAAUGAGUAGAGUGCUAGGAAAAUUUCUCAUUGUCUAAGGAUGCUGAAAUAGAAGCAAAAGUGUAGACCAUUCAGAGCUGUAAUGAAGAGAAUCUAAAAGUUUUUGUGAAUAUUGACAUUAGAGACAAAAGAAAGGAUUCUUUCUUUUUCCUUUUAGGAAGUCAGUUAUUUAUUGUUUACAGUAUCAGUAUGUGGAAAUUUGGAUAAACAUUUUUCUAUUUGACUUUGACAUUAGCAAGUCAGAGCCACAGGCUUACUUGAAUAUUCACAGGCCUCUUUAGUUAACCAGUAUGUUCCCUUAUUUAUUAAUUCCCCGCCAUGACCCAGGUAACUCACACCUAGGAGGCAUAAAGUUUUCCCAUCUUGUAUCCAUACCCAAAGUGACCAGCGAGGUAAGCAGCCGCCCUGCAGACUACUCACCGCCACCUUCGAGCUGGCCCGGAGACCACAGGACUUAGUCUGCACUUUGAACUCUUAACAUCAUCCACAGAAAUCUAUAUUUUUUACUCAUUUCUGUUUGGGAAAGAAAAAUUAAGAAAAUGGAUUCAAGACCUAGAAUUCUUUUCUUCCAGUUUUGUUAAUACAUUCUCUACAUAGUCAUCACAUGCUGGGUUACUACUGGAGGCUAUUGUUUGCAUUUGAAUUUGUCUUCUUAAAAAACAGAGUUUCGGGGCGCCUGGGUGGCUCAGUGGGUUAAGCCGCUGCCUUCGGCUCAGGUCAUGAUCU